GCCGACUAGCACUGAAAACUCUAAGCAGGAAGGUGAGAAAAGAGCUCAGCAGAGUGGACCAGAGGCAUCGCGCCAGCCAGCUCCGAAAGCAGAAGAAGGAGGCGGUUCUGGCAGAGAAGAGACAGUUGGGCAGCAAGGAUGGCCCUCCUCAUCAGGUACUGGUGGUGCCCCUGCACAGCAGGAUUUCCCUGGUGGAGGCCUUCCGGCUGCUUCAGGAUAGGGACAUUGGAACCGUGCACUUGAAUGAAUGGGGAAACACCCACAGCUUUAUGCUGCUUUGCCCCUCUUUGAAACAUCGGUGGUUUUUCACAUCUGCAAAGCCAGGAGAUCUGCACACUGUGUUAGACAUGGCUAAAGUAGCUGAUACCAUCCUGUUCCUCCUUGAUCCACUAGAAGGCUGGGACAGCACUGGGGAUUACUGCCUUUCCUGCCUCUUUGCCCAGGGUCUUCCCACCUAUACACUAGCUGUCCAGGGGGUUUCUGGCCUCCCACCAAAGAGACAAACAGAUGCCAGAAAGAAGCUAAGUAAAGCCAUGGAGAAGCGCUUUCCUGAUGACAAGCUCUUCCUGUUAGACACUCAGCAGGAGGCAGGGAUGCUGCUCAGGCAAUUGGCUAACCAAAAGCAACGGCAUCUUGCGUUUCGAGAUCGGCGUGCCUACCUGUUUGCCCAUGCUGCUGACUUUGUGCCAUGUGAAGAGAAUAACUUAGUGGGCACCUUGAAAAUCUCAGGCUAUGUUCGUGGGCAGACUCUGAACGUAAAUAGCUUGCUACAUAUUGUUGGACAUGGUGAUUUCCAGAUGCAACAGAUAGAUGCUCCAGUUGACCCUUUCCCUUUAAAUCGCAGAGUUACUAAAUCCCAGAAGGACCCAAGCAUGACAAUGGAGACUUGUGCUCUGGAUGCAGUAGCUGAAAUGGAAGAAGACUUUAAGGUCCUAAUGAAGGCAGACCCUGCUAAACAGGAAUCUUUGCAAACAGAGGUUAUCCCAGAUCCAAUGGAGGGGGAGCAAACCUGGCCUACUGAGGAGGAGCUAAGUGAGGCACAUGACUUCCUGAAGGAAAGUUCCAAGGUCGUAAAGAAGGUCCCCAAAGGAACAUCUAGUUACCAAGCUGAAUGGAUUUUGGAUGAAACUGGUGAAAGUGACGGGGAAGGAGAUGAAUAUGAUGAUAUAGAACAUGAGGAUUUUAUGGAAGAAGAAUCUCAAGAUGAUAGUAGUGAAGGGGAAGAGGAGGAAUGUGAAACUAUGACAAUAGGGGAGUCUGUGCGUGAUGAUCUAUAUGAUGAAAAAGUGGAUGAAGAGGCUGAGGAAAAAAUGUUGGAGAAAUAUAAACAAGAAAGGCUGGAAGAGAUGUUUCCUGAUGAAGUGGAUACCCCCCGUGAUGUGGCUGCUAGAAUUCGAUUUCAGAAAUACAGAGGUCUCAAGAGCUUCCGGACAUCUCCAUGGGAUCCUAAGGAAAAUCUUCCUCAAGAUUAUGCUCGGAUCUUUCAGUUUCAGAACUUUGCUAACACUAGGAAAAGCAUCUUUAAAGAGAUUGAGGAAAACGAGGUAGAGGGAGCCGAGGUUGGUUGGUAUGUCACACUUCACGUCUCUGAAGUCCCUGUCUCAGUAAUUGAAUACUUUAGGCGAGGAACACCCUUGAUUGCAUUUUCUUUACUACCUCAUGAACAGAAGAUGUCAGUAUUGAAUAUGGUGGUGAGACGGAACCCUGGCAACACUGAACCUGUGAAAACCAAAGAGGAGCUGAUCUUCCACUGUGGAUUCAGGCGCUUUCGAGCCUCACCUUUAUUCUCUCAGCACACUGCAGCGGAUAAACAUAAACUUCAGAGAUUCCUGACUGCUGAUGCGGCCCUGGUUGUGACAGUAUAUGCGCCAAUUACUUUUCCUCCUGCAUCUGUGCUGCUUUUCAAGCAGAAAAGCAACGGAAUGCACAACCUCAUUGCUACAGGUCAUCUGUUGUCAGUGGAUCCAAACAGAAUGGUUAUCAAGAGAGUUGUUCUGAGUGGUCAUCCUUUCAAAAUAUUUACCAAGAUGGCAGUAGUACGUUACAUGUUCUUCAAUAGAGAGGAUGUACUGUGGUUUAAACCUGUUGAACUGAGAACAAAGUGGGGCCGUAGAGGACACAUCAAAGAGCCUUUAGGUACCCAUGGCCACAUGAAGUGCAGUUUUGAUGGGAAGCUAAAAUCCCAGGACACAGUACUAAUGAAUCUCUAUAAAAGAGUUUUCCCCAAAUGGACUUAUGAUCCACAUGUACCAGAACCAGUACCUUGGGUGAAAAGUGAGAGUUCUUUAGUGGUGCCUGAAGUUGACAUGGAGUAAUGGAUUCAAAGGGAUUAUGUCUUACUGCUGCCAGUUAGCCCUUUAGGGAGGGUGCUAAUAGGUUGUCAUGUGCCUAGCUGUGUGCUAUGCCCUUUUGUGAAAGACUUCUCUGGGACUUGACAAGUAUCUCAUUAAGGUUUUCUACUACUACGUAAUCUAAAAAACUAUUAAAUCUUAGAGAACUA